GCUGCAAACCGUGCCACGCACAAACAUGGUUGCCAGGCACCGGAAGUAGCCGGUUAUUUUGCUGGAUUCCGUUCUUCCGCGAGGCGGAAAAGGCAUGUCGGCUUGUGUCCCGACCGUUUCCAGUCCUCGUCCCUUGCAGGACCCCAUGAGCAAGCUGUGGCGGCGCGGGAGCACCUCGGGAGCCAUGGAGGCCCCCGAACCAGACUCUCCUUCUGCAGGGGAAGCGCUGGAGUUGAGCCUGGCAGGUGCUCACAGCCACGGAGUACACAAGAAAAAACACAAGAAGCACAAAAAGAAACACAAGAAGAAGCAUCAUCAGGAAGAGGAGGCCGGACAGACACAGGCUCCUGCUAAACCUCAGCUUAAACUUAAAAUCAAGCUGGGUGGACAGGUCCUGGGCACCAAGAGCGUUCCUACCUUCACUGUGAUCCCUGAGGGGCCCCGAUCACCUUCUCCCCUGAUGGUCGUGGACAAUGAAGAGGAACCCAUGGAAGGGGUACCUCUGGAGCAGUACCGAGCCUGGCUGGAUGAAGACAGUAAUCUAUCCCCCUCCCCACUUCGGGAUCUGCCAGGGGAUCUGGAGGGCCAGGAGGAAGAGGAGGAACAGAGGUGGCUAGAUGCCCUGGAGAAGGGAGAGCUGGAUGACAACGGGGACCUCAAGAAGGAGAUCGAUGAGCGGCUGCUUACUGCGAGACAGCGAGCCCUGCUCCAGAAGGCGCGGAGUCAGCCGUCCCCCAUCCUGCCUCUGCCGGUGGCUGGGGGCUGCCCAGCCCCUGCCCUCACGGAAGAGAUGCUGCUGAAACGCGAGGAGCGGGCGCGGAAGCGGAGGCUGCAGGCGGCAAGGCGGGCUGAGGAGCACAAGAAUCAGACAAUUGAGCGUCUCACCAAGACGGCCGCUCCUAGCGGGCGCGGAGGGCGUGGGGCAGCGCGCGGGGAGCGGCGCGGAGGGCGAGCGGCGGCCCCAGCCCCUGCACCCAUGGUGCGCUACAGCAGCGGGGCCCAGGGCUCCACUCUGUCCUUCCCUCCCGGCGUCGCCGCACCCGCGCCCGUGGUUCAGCGGCCCGCCCCCUCGGGCCCUGCUCCGCGCUGCUCUGUCCCCGGCUGCCCCCACCCGCGUCGUUAUGCUUGCUCUCGCACCGGCCAGGCUCUCUGCAGCCUGCAGUGCUACCGCAUCAACCUGCAGCUACGGCUGGGUGGACCUGAGGGCCCAGGGUCCCCCCUCCUGGCCACUUGAGGCCUCUCCCACGCCACAUUCCUUCUGUCUCUCCUACCCUAUUAAAUUUGGUGCGGUGCCUCGGCUUGUAUAGAACUGCAAGAGUGGGAAGCCUGCGGACUCAGAACCUGCGCGAUUCAUCUAGCCAAUCGGUGGUAAUUUUGUACUCCUGGACGGCCGUUGAUUGGCUGAUAAGUCAAAGCUUGCCCUGUUGUCCGUACUGGCUACUGUAGCUGUCAAUCAGAGCCUCGGUCGAACCUUC